UCUUCUGGCACUUCUUUAUAAUCUCUUUCCUCCAUUCAUUUUUUUUUUGUUUCAUCUCAACACAAUUAUCUACGCCUCUCCGGAGUAUCAUUCUUAUUCUCUCUGGAGUAUUUACAAUGCAGAGCAAAUUUCUUUAUUUAAUUUGUAGCUGUAUUCAGAGUUACAUUUUAGGAGGAUAAGGUAUGUCUUCAAUUUUAUUACUUCAAAGUUCGUAUAUUAAUAAAACAAUUUUGUUUAAUGGCAGCUUUGUUAAAUUGUCGAUACUUUAUAUAUACAAGUACUUCGUAUAUAUAAAUUGUUUCUAUCGGCCAUUUAAAUUGGGUGUAGAUUUUAACGUUGAUACUUUAUAAGUUGUCGAUAAUUUAUACGUAGUAAAUUGUUUCAUCUCGUAUAUUAUUGUAUAGUUAUUCAUACAGUACUAUGUACAUUAAAAUAAUAAUAAUUUAUUUGGUAAAUAAAAAGUCUGAGCAGCGGUGCCAUAAACAGUAUUAUUAGUAUGAGGAUGUUUUACUUAGAUUUAAUUCAGUCUCAGAGUGAAUUAGACUAUACUUAAAUAGAGCAAAUCACAUCAGACCAUACUUAAAAAUAGAAGAUCAUCUCAAACCAUACUUCUGUAGUUAUAAAUACCCAAGGAUCAGACAUAUUGCAGACCAGACUAGUUUAGACUAGACCAAACUAAAUCAUACUAGACCAUACCAGAUUAGACUUGAUCAAACCAAACCAGAAAGUUUUAGAGCCCGUCUCGUAACACUGAAAUUAAUUGAAUUGGAUGAUCAUGGUAAAAUUUAUGAAGUUCUGUCUUAAGUGGUUGUAUUGGUUGAUUCUGCUGAUCUAUGAAAAAAUUAAAUUUAAAAUAUAUUUUAUUAAUGAAAUAAAGAAAAAAUUAUAUGUAAAAAUAGCUAAAAUGAUUCUCUACAGUAACUUCUACCAAAACAUCCAGUAAAGUAAACUCAACCUUUUUUCCCUUAUUAUUACACAUUCUGUGUGUGAAAUCAAAAGUUACGUGUUUGGCAAAACAAUGGUUGAUAAGCCUGAUAAGCUGAAUAACAAUGUUACCAAACGGGCUCUUAGUCCAAUUGAAAACAUUCUUAGUAUCAAAUGAGUAAAGUAUGUGUAUAUGUAUUUGGACAAGUUAAUAUCGUUUUCAUUUUGUGGAGAAAACUAUUAUUGUGUAAUUAAUAUUUGGUCUAUAACAAUAAUGUCAAGACUGAACCAUAAAGAUUCUUCCCCAAAUUUCAGGAUAACAAUGGAUUAUAGAAAUGAACGUCGUUGGAUGUAUAAUCGAGUGAACCCCGGUCAGAAAGGGUUAACAGAUGAAUUUAAAGCUGGAGUGGAUAAUUUUGUGGAUUUCGCGUGUGUACAACCAACUUUUGUUGAGAACAAUGUUAUUAAAUGUCCUUGUACAAAAUGUAGGAAUCGCCGUUAUAAAAAUCCAGGAGAUGUAAAACUUCACCUUUACAAAUGGGGUUUUGAGUCAAACUAUUGGUGUUGGAUUUUCCAUGGUGAAGAUGUUUUACAAUCCAGUGGAAAUUUUGAUGAUACAUCUCACAACCAUAUGGAUGGAGAUAACAUGUAUGAAACAAUGAUUUAUGAUAAUUUUGGAUUGAACCAAGAACCUAGUUAUCUUAAUCGAGACAUUGAGGGCCCGCAUGAUAGUGCCAAACAAUUUUACGAGUUAUUGGAUUCUGCUCAACAACCGUUGUGGUCAGGAUGUACAGCAGAUACUGAAUUGUCUUUUACCCUUAAGAUGAUGAGUAUUAAGUCAUCCUAUAACAUUGCACAAAAAGCAAUGGAUGAGAUAUUCGAUGCUUGCAAUCGAGCAAUGCCAUCACCAAAUAAUGUGCCAUCUAGUUUCUAUGAAGCUGAAAAAUUGGUCUCUAAACUCGGUCUUGGUCAUGAAAAAAUUGAUUGUUGUGUGAAUGGAUGCAUGUUGUAUUAUAAGGAGGAUAUUGCAUUGGCACAAUGCAAAUUUUGUUUUGAGCCACGCUUCAAAAAAAGUUAUAAGCCAAAUUCAAAAGUUCCUCGAAAAAGGAUGCACUACUUACCACUUAUUCCGAGGUUACAACGGUUAUUCGCAUCACCGAGUUCUGCUAAACAUAUGAGGUGGCAUUUUGAAAGUCAACGUGAGCCCAGUGUUAUGUGUCACCCAUCAGAUGGUGAGGCAUGGAAACACUUUGAUCAAAUGUACCCUCAAUUUGCUUCAGAACCACGCAAUGUUAGACUUGGAAUUUGUUCAGAUGGAUUCUCUCCAUUUGGUAUGUUUGCCAAAUCAUAUUCAUGUUGGCCCAUUAUUGUUACAGUGUACAACUUGCCACCCUCAAUGUGUAUGACGACUCCUUAUAUGUUUUUGACUUCUAUUAUUCCUGGUAAGCAUAACCCAAAGGCUAAAAUAGAUGUGUACUUACAACCAUUGAUUGAUGAGUUGAAGUGUUUGUGGGAAACAGGUGUUGUCACUUAUGAUGUAUCCUUAAAGCACAACUUUGUAUUGAAAGCAGCUUUAAUGUGGACAAUAAGUGAUUUUCCCGCAUAUGGGAUGCUAUCAGGUUGGCAAACUGCUGGGAAACUGUCAUGCCCAUAUUGUAUGGAAUCCUCAAAAUCUUUUUGGCUAAAGAAUGGAGGAAAGUGCACAUGGUUUGAUUGUCACCGUCAAUUCCUGCCCAUGGAUCAUCCAUUUAGAAGAAACAAAGAUGUUUUUGUAAAAGGAAGGAUCGAAAAGGCAUAUCCACCACACAUUUUGAGUGGUGAAGCAGUUUUGGAACGUGUUUCAUACAUUCCACAAAUAACUGAACAACAGGGUUCGAAGAUACCAGGUUAUGGUUCUACACAUAACUGGACCAAGCGAAGUAUCUUUUGGGAACUACCAUAUUGGAAGGAUAAUAUGAUUCGACACAAUCUCGAUGUGAUGCACAUCGAAAAAAAUGUUUUUGAUAAUGUGUUCCAUACGGUUAUGGAUACCAAAGGAACAAAAAACAACAAAGAUGGUGUGAAAUCAAGGAUGGAUUUAAAGGAGCACUGCUCGCGGCCAGAAAUCGAAUUAAGGGUUGACAAUAAUGGAAAGUUAUUGAAACCAAAAGCAAGUUUUACUUGUGACAAUAAUCAACAGAGGGUAGUGUAUGAGUGGAUACAAAACCUUUGUACACCAGAUGGCUAUGCAGGAAAUUUGACUUCUUGUGUUGAUUUAGAAGAUUGCAAACUGCAUGGAAUGAAAAGCCAUGACUGUCAUGUUUUCAUGGAGUGUCUCCUGCCGGUUGCUUUUAGUUUCUUACCACCCAGUCAUUGGAAAGCUAUUACUGAACUUAGUCAAUUUUUUCGAGAUCUAUGUUCGGCAAACUUACAUGUGGAUAAAGUGAGACAACUACAACAAAACAUCCCAAUAAUCAUUUGUAAGUUGGAGAAAUUUCUUCCUCCAGGAUUUUUUAAUUGCAUGGAGCAUUUACCUGUUCAUCUUCCUUACAAAGCAUUAAUGGGUGGACCUAUUCAAUACCGGUGGAUGUAUCCUUUUGAAAGAUUAUUUAACUACCUUAAAAGAAAGGUAAAAAACAAAGCCCGGGUAGAAGGCUCUAUAUGUGAGGCAUAUUUAAUUGAAGAGGCGACAAAUUUUGCUUCAUAUUAUUUUGAGUCUCAUGUAGAGAGUUGGAGAACAAAAGUUGGUCGCAAUUUGGAUGACGGUGGCAUCUAUGUCAGUCUUCAGCCGACCCUGUCAGUCUUUAAUCGUCCAGGUCGUGGGUUGGGUGCGACUAGAUUUCGAUAUCUGAAUAGUAAAGAGUUUUUUGCAGCACAUCAACACGUAUUACUGAACUGUGCGGAAGUCAAACCAUACUUAACGUAAGAAUUUCUUUUCAUCCUCUACACUAUGUACUAAUGAUAUUCAUAAUUUUGUGAAAGUGGUUAUUUGUAGGUCGUAUGAAGAUGGGUUGAGGGCUCUUAAUCCAGGCAUCACAAGUGAACAAAUUGAUUUGGCUAUCCAGGCAUCACGAGAUUCAGAAUGGAAACAUAUCACGAAUCAUCACUUACCCACCUGCAGUAAUCAAUGCUCAAAAUCGUUAUCAACCACGAGAUCCAAGCUCUUCUACUUCAUGUCCAUCUCAAAAUGCAGCAACCAGCUCAGAUGAUUCUACUACCCUGGUUACCCCAUCUACUCCACCACUAUCUCCCCUUGUAAACCAAGAACCUGAGAUCGAGAUUGUUCCUGACGGCAUUUCUGGGUAACUUAAGUAUUAAACUAUCUUCUAUUGCACUCAAUCAAACUUAAUCUGGUACCUCAAUUAAGAAUUAAUAGGUAGUCAUAGUUAUAUCCAUUUUUUGUAAAUGAUUAAAAAUAUUUCUUCUAUAUAUGUUUAUAACUUAGUGAAUGUUUGCAGCUUUAUUCCAUGCAAGGCAAAUCGUUUUGUCAUGCCGUGUAUUACGAAGAAGUUUGAUGAACCGAUUCGCUCUUAUACACGUGCUUCACCAGGAUUGAAGAAAGCUUGGUUGAGUUUAUUCAAUGUAAUAUCUACUGAAUUAUUUUUCUUGUUUAUAGAAACUAGUAAGUGCCAUAUUCAAUUUGCUAACUUGCUAACUUUUCUUUCAAUGAACUCAAUGUACACUAAAACAGGAAGGUGAUGCAUGUAUUUUCAAUAACUUGUUAUACAUUGUUUUAUUACUUUAUGUUACAAAAUUGUGGUCUUGUGUAAUUAAAUCUGUAGGAGAAGUAUUAUUGGAGGCCGGAAUAUCAUUCACGCAUUACAAAGAAUUUCAACAAGAAAGGAUCGGAAGGUUUAUCACGUGCACUAUCUAGUGCUCGUAAGACAAAGCAAUGUCCAGAAUGGAUUAUUCUUCCAAUAUGGGUUCAGCUACUUGAGCAAUGGAGGGAUGCAAAAUUCAUUAGCAAAUGCAAUACUAAUAAAAAAAAUAGGAACUCUGAUGUGGGUAUGGCAUUGCACACUGGAGGAUCUAUACCCAUUACAGAGUACUGCCGAAGAUAUGAAGAAAAGCAUAACCAGACAGCACCCCCGGAAAUAGUAUAUCUGCAAACACAUACAAAAGCAGACGGUACAUUUGUUACACCAAAAGCUAAACAAAUUUAUGUGAGUGUAAUUUAAUGAAUUAGUUUAAUUUUUAAUGUACUAACUCCCUUUCAUCAAAUUAAAAUUGUAAAAAGGUGAAUUAAAUUUCUCUUAUUCUGCCCGGAAAUUAUACUUUUAAUAGGACUCAUAUGAAGAACUAAAGUCAAAGGAGCCGAAUGCCAAGUCUCAAGAUCUAUUGUUGAAGGCUGCUGGUGGCCGAAAGAAAGGAGGAAAAGUUACUGGUUUUGCCUCAGCUAGUGUCUAUUUCUUUCCUUCAGCCUCUACUUCUCAGAAAAUUCAACAACAAUCAUACGAGGACAAAUUAUUUCAACAACGUCUGGAAGAGGUUGAGAAGUCCAAUAGUGUUCUUUUAGAAACUAAUAAAGAACUUGUGCAGUUUAAAGAAUCUGCAUCUGCUACACUAGCAGAAAUGCAAGGUAUUAUUCAGUCUAUGAAAAUGACACAACCAUUGCAACAAGUUUCAUAUAUGAAUGUGCUCCCAAGGCAAAAUAUGCAACAAGGUACUUUCAUGGGUUCUCUUCCACACCAUCAACAAAGUGCUUACAUAAAUAUUUCUCCACAACAACCCCAAGCGGGAUCUUUUAUGAGCAUGUUGAUGCCCCAACCUUCACCAAUCUUCAAUAACAGCUACACUCAUUCAAACCGGGGUGAAAAUGGAUGUGAAGAUGUGGAACAUGAUCUCAUUCAGUGACUUUGUAAUCCUUUUAAGGAAUUGUAUUUUUGAAUUUUAUCAAGUAUCUUUUAAUUGACUUGUGAUGCAGAAUAAUAUGCCUUGAAGGACUUCUAAUCUAUUUCAAUGGAAUGUUUGAUGUUUAUUUAUACGGUUUAGUAUUUAUAUGAAUCUGGUUCGUAUUUAAAAAAUAUAUUUUGUUUAACAUUA